AUCGCCCACCAUGCUGAAUCACGCUGCGACUCAUAACCACUUGCUUCAUCUCCUGCGCAUCCGUCAUCGACUUUUUGACUGUCUAAUCAGCCCCUGCUUAAGGUAAGAAGGAUCACCCACUCACUUCGGCUCUGAAUUGCCGGCGCUGGGCUGGCCUGCACCUCCAUAUCGGUUCGCCUCGUAUAAGAAGCCAGAUCACUCGCUCCAAAAGAGCACCCGCAGCUGACUCGUUCACGAGCACUUGGGCAGAUUGCGCUUUUACAAGACCUCGAAGCUGACUGACUACAGCCAAGCGCAGCAGUCGUCAUGUCGGUCCUCCACAACCCUCAUCCUCCCCUUCAGUCGCUGUCGGCCGAAGCCAUUGGCUCCUUUCCCUACUCGACGUACGGCUGGAGGCACAUCCGCGUAGUUCUGGGAGGAGAUGAGGCCAACAAGAGCUCUCAGAGCGGUGCUGAGCCGAGCGAUGGCGUCUUGCUCGUCUUGCUCAACAGGCCAGACAGGGCAAAUGCCUACACAGCACAAAUGUGCCACGAUCUCGUCUUUGUCUUUGAAUUGGCCGAUCGCGAUCCUCGCGUCAAGGUUGUCGUGCUGACUGGUGCGGGCAAAGCAUACUGUGCAGGUGCUGAUCUAUCGGGAGCUUCGGGAGGCGGCUUCGGAGCAGAUGCCGACAUCGCAGCGGAUCAUCGGGACGGAGGAGGUCAGGCCGGCUUGUCGAUUGCCAAAUGCAGGAAAUUGGUCAUCGCAGCGGUGAAUGGCAAUGCGGUGGGCAUCGGUCUGACCAUGGUCCUCUCCACCGAUCUCAGACUGGUAGCAGCAAACGCCAAAGUGGGUAUUCCUUUUGUCAAGCGAGGAAUCUCCAUGGAAGCGACGUCGAGCUAUCUGCUACCCCGGUUAGUCGGUCACUCCAACGCGCUCAAGAUCUCGAUGACGGGCGACACGUAUAGGGCAGAUGAUCCGACGUGGAGAGACUUGUGGUACAAUGUCUUGCCAGCGGAGCAAGUCUUGCCCGAAGCCCUGAAGCUGGCCGGAAGACUGGCUGUUGACAACAGCGUCAUCAGUAUGGCACUCAACAAGGCUCUGAUCUGGCAGUGCCCGCCCACGCGCGAAGAGACGCAUCUCUUGGAGUCGAAGAUGAUUUGGGAGGCUAGCAAGAGGGACGCUCAAGAGGGAGUACUGAGCUUCAUGCAAAAGAGAAAGCCCAAAUUUGAAGGUACUGUGGAAGACGUCGAGACUUUCAACGGAUAUCCCUGGUGGACGGAAGCCGACUUGACAGGCAAAAAGACCCGCGGCUUGGCCAAGCUCUGAUGAAGUGUGCAUUCGCCCAACAGCAUCUGCAAGCGCGCAGCAACCCCCCGAACGAGGCCACGUCGAGAAUCGGAAGAGCUGUCUGUGUACGGCCGUCUUGUCCUUACAUCUUCGGUCCGCGUCAGCGCCCCGACUGGCCUAGGAAGCCUUUUGAACAAUCCGAGGACUUCUCGCUUCGAGGCUUUUUGAUGCUACCUCUACUCUCCCCGCUCUGCUCUUUCCCCCCCUAUCAACAUGUUCUUGCAUCGACUGCCGCGAUCGAUCUGCUUGCUGUCCAACCGCCACAAAUUUUGCGGAAACUAAUCCCUCGCUAUUAGCCCUCGAGCCCCGCACUUCGAGUUGACAUCGACAACUUUCGCGUUGACAUCGACAACUUUCGGCCUGCUAGCCGGCGCUCGCCGUACUCUCCAAGCCGACGUUCAAAACUAAAUUGUCUUGACGCGAGAAUCUUGUCUGAUCGAUUUUGAAUCUAUAUAGAC